AUGUCUCCCACCAUGGUGGAACACAGCGGCCUGGACAUUAUGUGCCUGAACAAGUACUGCCACAGUUCCUCCUCGUCGUCCAGCUCCGAGCCCGACAAGAAGGUGUUCACCAAACUCAAACUCGAUUUGUCGGGGGAUUAUCCGAGGAAGAACGCCGAGAUCCUGAGCGGCCAGUACGGGACCAACGUGCUGCUCAUCGGGGCGGCGCUGAUGCUGGCCAUCGCGCACCACGGCCCCUCGGUCAGGGAAGAGCACCUGCUGUCCUUUGUCAGCUGCCUCAUGAUCCUGCAGCUGAUGUGGAUGAUGUGGUACAUCCUGGUGCCCGACAGGCAAAAGAACUCGCGGACCGAGAAAGACGUGCACGCCACCACAUGCUGGAUCCGAGGUGGUUUGACUCUCCUUGCUCUCCUCUCGCUGAUCAUGGACACGUUCCGAAUCGGGUAUUAUGUCGGCUAUCGGUCUUGUGUGUCGGCGGUGCUCGGGGUGUAUCCUGUCAUCCAUGCAACUCACACCAUAGCACAGGUGCAUUUUCUCUGGUUUCACAUCAAGGAUGUCAUCAAGAGCUUCGAAACAUUUGAGAGAUUCGGCGUCAUCCAUGCGGUCUUCACCAACCUCCUCCUCUGGUGCAACGGUGUGAUGUCAGAAGCCGAGCACUUCUUAAACAACCACAAGAGAAGGCUCUCCGCCCUGGGCUACGGGAACCUCACCAUCGUGCACUCGGAGCCGCACUGCAACUGCACCACCAGCACGUGCUCCAUGUUCUCCAGCAGCCUCUUCUAUCUCUACCCCUUCAACGUCGAGUACCACAUCUUCGUCUCCGCCAUGCUCUUCGUCAUGUGGAAGAACAUCGGGAGGACCAUCGACCUUUCUUCCAACCGCAAGAGGCUGGCCACCAAGACCCAGGGUCUGACCGUGGGCCCCGUUAUGGGUCUACUGGCGCUGGCCAGCACCAUCGGGAUCCUGGUGGUCUACGUCACCCACGUGGAAGAAUCCCUCCAAAAGCGCCAGUCGGCCAUCUCCAUGUUCUACAUCUACGGCAUCGUCAUGCUGGCCUUCAUGUGCUCCGCCGGGGCUUCGGGUCUCCUCAUAUAUCGAGCGGACCACAUGCCGCUGGACACCUCCAAGAACCCGUCCAGACAGCUGGACACGGAGCUGCUGUUCGGCUCCUCCAUCGGCUCCUGGCUCAUGUCGUGGUGCAGCAUCGUGGCCGUGCUGGGCACCGACAGCAGUCCCCCGUACCGCUGGACCAACCUCAUCUACUCGCUGCUCAUCGUGCUGGAGAAGUACAUCCAGAACCUCUUCGUCGUGGAGUCUCUGUAUCGCCAGCAGGAGGACGGGGAGAGGGAGGACCCCGAGUUGCCGGCCGCUCCGGAGAUCUUCUCGGCGACGUCGUCUUUGGCGCCGCCGUACGACGGCAUCAUCAACCGGGCCUACGUGACGCCGGACAGGACCUGCGUCGACAUGGAGAACGGCCAGGUGUACAGGUGUCCCAGGAAGCCCUCCGAGGUGCCGCUGCCGGUGGGAAACAAAGUGUCGGCGCCCCGGAAUAUAAAGAGGCAGAUCCUGAAGAACAUCGCGGUCUUCCUGAUCAUGUGCAACAUUUCGCUGUGGAUCCUCCCGGCCUUCGGCUGCCGCCCGCAGUACGACAACGGCUUGGAACAAGAGACAUUUGGCUUCAGCAUAUGGACCGCAGUUCUCAAUUUUGCCAUUCCUCUGAACCUUUUCUACCGCAUGCACUCGGUGGCCUCGCUGUUCGAGGUGUUCCGCCGCGUCUGA